AUGCAAGUGCGGUGACUGUACGUGCUGACUGGCGAGUCUGGAGUCAGUCAGUCAGUCAGUCAGUCGGCUCGGUACCAGUCGGCCGGGACGCGCUAUCGCGUGCAUUUUUCUUCCCUCCUUUGUGAAUACGCACGCAUACGGCCCGCGUUUUGUGUUUCCACGCGCCGCAGCGUUUAUACGUACACUUGCGGGCGAGUAGUGAGCGGCCUGUUACUAGGACCAGUUUUUUUUUUUCGAGUGACGCCCACGCAGCCACCGUGUCAUUGUGCCCCGUGCGGAUUACCGGGCCAGUCGAAACUCACUCCGAAAAGUCAAAGGCUUCCAGAAUGAUGAUGUAACGGGACUUUCGCUGUCGCUGCAGUGAACGCAACGAUGUCCACGCAAUGCAACCGUUUCGUGCAGAACGCAUGGAAGAAGGAGCUAUGUUCGAACUGCUUCAAGCCGCGGGAGGAGCACGCCUUGCCGGACGAGUCGUUCAGGUUGAACAUAGGCAGGGCCCUGAAUUACGUCAAGACUGAUAAUCUUAAGAUACAGAGCAUCUUGCGCGGGAAGACGCUCUCCCAGAAGGAUCAAAAGAAGAAGAACGUCGCGUUCACCGAGUGCCUGACGGAGAUAAUCGGUUACGGCGGCGACGACUUCUUCUCCGACGACGAGGACGAGGACGUACAGGAUUUGGCCGAGUCGUUCAACAGCGAGGAUGACGCGUUGCCAGACAGCGAGGAGGAACGAGCUCUGGGAAAUUUGACGCGUGCCAAUACUAGCUUCAACACGAUCACCGCCAACCUGACGGAGAUCAUCGCGGCUGAGAGAAAAUCGUCGACGCCGACGCGAUCCUUCGCUUCGCUGAUGCUGGGAAAGAUACAAAAGGACUCGGAGGGAAAGAAAACUACUUUGCUUGUCUCGGUCACACCCUUCGGUGGUGACGAGACUUUGCCGACCGCGAAAAGACCCGCUGAUAAGAAGGUCAACGGAUUCGUUAACGGACUGACGAACGUCUCCAGAUGCAAGGAGAAUAAUGAUAAAUCCGAGACGACGAAGAGCACGAAGAAAAUCGAUAUCGAGGUGAAGAAGGAGGAGAAGAAAGAGCCGAAGUACCCGUUGGGCAUGGAGAAAAUCGUGGACAUGCCACUGAUCGCGUCUAACAAUUUAAUUUCUAUCAUCCAGCGGAACGAGCCGGGAGACAGCGACGACGCGAAGGAUAAAUCUACCGAGACCGACGAGAUCGGUAAAUCGGACAAGAAGGCUGUCAAUAUAUCUCGGAGUCCGGCGAUCAAGAAGACGGAGAACGUGAGGCCGAAGAUGCCCGUGCAAACUCCGCAGAACGGAGUCAAGAUCGAGUACGAGUUCUCCGGUAAGCUUUUGAAGAAGACUUCGGAGACGUCCAGAAUGGAGAACAAUUCCGACAAGGGUAUCGAGUUGGACUUGACACCGUUGAAGAACAAGUCCGAAGAGGCUGACAGAACCGUUCGAGAUAAAAUCGGCAACGAAAACGCCCAAGUACGCAAAGUGGAGGGUGAAGCCGGUCCCAAGUUUACUUUCGAGGAAAGUAGAGAGAUGGCUGGGGAACCGGAUGGCAGAGCGGACGAGGAGGAAGCGACGGAGCCUCCGAAGCUUCCAAAGAGUCCUCCGCCCAUCGAGACUAGGCCUCCUCUUCAGGGCGAGUGCAACAAGGUUAUCGUCACGGAGCCGAGAUCUUCUUUCCUUCACGGAACGGUUCAUUUAGAAUCGAAGGCGAAACCUGUGGUGCCUCAAAAGCCGAUCAACUUCUCAGGCAAAAAUAAUUUUGUCGCGAGUGAUACGAAGCAAAAUCACAAUCAAAAUUCCUUAAUCGAGAACGUUGUUAAGACUGUCACAGGUAUCGCGGAACAGAUAAGCCAGCCACGAGCCAAAGACAAGUCAGAGGAAGUUUCUAGUCCGCUUUCGAACGAGAGUAGUUCGAAAGACGCGGAAAAUCACAUUUCCCGUGGUCAGAACAGCUCCAAGACUGCGUGUCAAGGCGCUGAGCCGAAGUUACCUGGUGCCGAGAUCGCAGCUUCGAAAACGUCGCCAGGAAUCAAAUCAAAGACGCUUUCGACCGUGGCUAGAAGUCAGACCGCGGAUACGAGAAGCAGCGAAGCCGACGAGAAACUGGAAUUGGAAGAGGAAAUGCUGGAAGCUUGUUCAUCGACACCAGAUUCGAUACGCUCGCCGAACAAAAGAAGAAUGGCUCCGAAGCCACCGACCGCCGAUUCCACGGACGAAUUGACCCCGGCCUCGACGCUGUUCGCCAGAAAUCCAGGAGCGAACUUCAAAUCGGACUCGCCUGUGGUCCGAGAGAAAGAAAAGAGGGAGAGAGCUUCCUCUUGCAGUCCGAAGUUUCGCAAAGCAGUCUCGGACCUGCCUGACCCUACCAGCGCCCAAGGAACGGACCCAGCGUCGAGGAGAACGAUAUCUUUGUCGCAGGAUAGCUUGACGAGUGGUCCUGAGGUGAGGGAGGAGAAGAAAAGGGGCAGGCCGCGUUUCUCUUUGAAACGAUUCCUCAGGAUGGGCUCGAGAAAAGACGUGGACAUGAUUGGUGGCCAUUCGUCGGGGUCGAGGAUCGACGAGAUCCCAUCGACGCCGCAACCUAAGCCCCGUUUAGAGAUUAUUCAUCCAUUGGAGCUGGACGGUGCCGUCGAAGUGGUCGGGAAUGAUCGGAUCAGCAGGAUAAGCGAAGACGAAACCGAUUCUGCCAGAAACGACACUGGAAGAGGAACUCGAUCACCAUUGUCGGGCGUAUCGCAAGUGAGGCCUGGAAAGCCGCCACCACCACCGAGGAACCAGUCCUUGGAAGAUUGGUCGCGACUGGAUUCGGGAAGCAAACCGGUUAGACCACCGCCACCGAUUAUCGAGAGUAAGCAACUGGCUCCGAGAAGCGACAAGUCAUCGAAAUCACCUUCGUCUUCGUCUUCGUCUUCGUCGUCAUCGUCUUCAUCCUCGUCUUCGUCGGCCUGGCAGCCAGCGGCCUCGACCACCUCAGACUCGAUUUACGCGAAUCUGGCAGCGGAGGAUGUUACAGGUGAGGUCCGCAGCUCAUUGGCACCGUCGAAGCCGCAAAGGACGGCCAGCAUGAGGGACCAAGCCACCUCCCAACCGAUCUCGAAGAAACACGGCUCCUCCAGCCCGGCCCUUAAUCAGGAUUACGAGGCGGUCGGGGUUACCGCGCCACCCACGUCCGAUUCUUUGACGUCUAACGACAGUCAUGUUUACGAGUGCCUAUCCAGCUCGCCGGAGUGCGACUCGAAUCUCGAGCUGCGGCACGUUGGCGGAUCUCAUUUCACCGGGAAGAGGAAAUCCGACAGCAACGCGAUGAUGGAACCAGCCGCGGAAUUCAAAUUUCAUCAUCAAACCUUCGUCCGAUCGACCUCGUUACCGUACUGCGGUAGCGAGACCGAGAGCGAGUUAUACGCCCCGUACGGAUUUUACACCGGCGACGAGGGUCCCGAGGAGGAUCAGGACUGGAAGAAUAAGGACGACGAGUUAAGGAUAAGCCGAUUGAGACAACGCAGAGGUCGCAGUAUAGUUCAUCGCAGCCUCGAGGAUAAUUACGGUGCCGUGGUAGUCGCGAACCACGAGGCGCUCGCGCAAUUUCUCGAUCAGCUGAACCAAACACCUCAAGUGUCGACGAUGACGGCGCGAGCGUUGAAAAAUACGAAUCCCCGUAUAAGCCACUUCACGGUCGACGCCAAUACGUCGAUCACCGUCGGCAGGAGAAUAUUUUGCUCGGCGACGUGGAACGAGCUGAACGUCACGCUGUGCGUCGCCUUCGAUCUGGCCACGCACGUAUCGCGGAAGGAAUUUUAUUUGGCACCCAUAAUCGAGUUUAUAGACACGCCACCGAAAGAAAUUACCGACAAGACGUGUCUGCCUGGUAACAAACAGCUCGAAGCGACCAUUUCCGUUCUACCUCGAUUGCAAGUCAGCACUAUACAAUCGUUCGGCGCUACGUUGAAGGAUCUGCACGACGAGGGAACGAUCAGAGAGGCUUUGUUCGUGCUUCUUCAGUUCGUUACAGCGUUGAAGAGCCUUCAGGCGCGGGGAAUUGAGGAAUCCGCGAGGAGCCUGAACAACGUGGUCCUGUGCAGGGAAGACAAGGACGCCUAUUACAGGCUCUAUCUCCUUCAAGGAUUGAACGUGGAGACGAACGAGGAACGGGACGAGGAGAGAGUCUCGUUGUGUCAGUGCGCCCUCCUCGCGCUUCGACAAUUGAACUUGGCUAGCAGGCUGCCCGUGAUUCAGGAGCUGCUCACGAAAGAGAAAGCGGUCACUCUGUCUCAGGUAAAAUCCGUCCUGGAAUUCUCGCUGUGGGGUCCCGCGGACGUAAAUUUUGGCGGCCCGCGGGAGAGAGAGGUCACUCUUCAGAGGUGGCUCGACCUCGAAAGGGCCAACGUUCUGCACGCGUUAGUGAGGACGAGAGCCCCUCUCACCGUCACCGAUGAGUACCAGUUGCUGUUCCUGGUUCGAACCAGCGCGAAAAUCAUCGGCGAAGCGUCGUUGUUGUUGGACGAGCAACGAUCCAGGUUAGCUGCCGCUCGCUAAUCAACCCUUUUUCGUGAGUAACGAUCGGAACCGGGUCCACUGUGAACGAGGCGUAUCGAUUCGAUCGAUCGGCUCGACUAAUACCAAACGGAUUCGAGUGGAUGACAAAAGGGAGCAGCGAACGAUAGCGGGCAGUUGUACAGAUCGAUGGAAAUUUAUUGGACGUUAACUACGACGAGUGCGCGUGCCGACGCUCCGAAGAGCGGAUUACGUGGGACAGUGUUUUCGGAUGUUACCAUCGCUUUAAGAAUUAAUUUCGAUCAUUGUUUAUACCCCAUCACCGUUUUGUAAUCUUAUUAAAUAUUUGUAUAAAUAAA